AUGCCGGACGUUCUGCAAGCUCCCGAACAAAGCACGUCCACCCCAACCAAGCACCUCCCCUCCUCCCAUCCCCCGCUGUUCCCGCCAGAAGGACGGCGAUCUGAGGACGACGAUCUGUACGAGCUUCUCACGUCGAAGCUGCUUCUCCAGUCGUGGCGGUCGCAGGAGGAGCGAGCAGCGGGAGCUCGCCUGCUGCUCUCCUGCGCGAUGAGCUUCGUGUACCGUGGAGUGUUCAAGGAGGGUAUUCUCGAACGAGUGAUUGCCUGGGCGGCCCUCUCCACUCGCUCCUCCCCACCCCCUGCUCUUGCCACUGCCACAACCGCUGCUGCUGCCGCUUCUGCUGGCGCUGCUGGUGGCGCCGGGGGCACGCAGGAGGAGGAGGAGGAGGAAGAGGAGGAGGAGGACGCGGGGGAGGAGGGUCAGGGGGGGGAUCGGGGCGGAGCGGGAGGAACCGGGGCUGGCGGCGCUGCUGCUGCUGGUGCUGCUGCGGGUGGGGGUGGGGGUGUUGGCGUGGGUGGUGCUGGUGGUGGUGGUGUGGGUGCGAGGGCGAGAGCAUCGGCUGUUCUGGCGACGGACAUGCUGAGAACGUUCUCGACCGGACUCGUUGCUGUUGCUCUCGCCUCCAACGAGGCGGCAGUGGAGCAGGUGGUGCGCAAUGGCCUCGUGCCCCACCUCGCCUCUUCAUUCCUAGGGUUCCACAUCCUUACUCUUUUCCCAACCCAAACCCUAACCCCACCCCCCUCCAGCAACGAGGCGGCGGUGGAGCAGGUAGUGCGCACAGGCCUCGUGCCCCACCUCGCCCGCCUGCUGCGCAAGCGAGUGCUGGGACGCGCUGCUGCUCCCGCUGCAGGGGGAGCGCGAGGCGAAGGGGGAGCCGCAGGGGGAGCAGGCGCAGGGGUAGCAGGAGGAGCAGCAGGAGCAGGAACAGGAGUAGGAGGAGGAACUGGGGCGGGGGUUGUGGGAACGCCAGGGAGCAGAGGUAGCAAGCUGCGUAGUGUGAGUAGCAGGGGCGAGAGUAGCGCGGCUGCUACCACCGCUGCUGCUGCCGCAGCUGCAGCUCAAAUUGCUGGAUUAGCAGCGGAGGCGCGAGCAGCAGGUUUAGGGGUCGGGGAGGCGAGAGCAGCAGAAGAGAAGGGAAAGACAGAGGCUGUAGGUGAAGGGGUGGGGAGCGGAAACGCCACGGCACAGGGGGAUGUUUUGAUGACUGCCCCUGCAAAAGCUACGCCCAAUCCCCUUUCCCCGUUGGGAAAGCUGAGAGACUUAGGAGGGGGAGGAAUGGCAGUGGAAGGGGGGAGAGAGGAGCUGGGAAGCAGGAGUCGAGGGGGAGGGGGGGGUAGGAAAGCUGGGUUGAAAGGGAGCAAAGCAGAACAGGGCGCAGGGAAGGGCAAGCAUGCUUCCGCCACUGGAAUUGGCGGGUCCGAGGUUGAGGGGUCAGGGUUUGGGGGUUCAGGGGCUGGAGGCUCUGGGGGUUCAGGGGUUCCCGGGGGUUCUGAAGUUAAGGGUUCUGUUUUUGAAAGUUUACUUCCUCCUCCGAAAUCUGUUAACGUUGGAGCUGUGGAUAUCACUGAAGCGGUUGCAGUCGCUUGGGAGGCAGCGAGAAGGGAAGCGGAAGCGGCGAAUGCUCCAGCUGACGUGGUGGCUGCUGCAGUGGAGGCAGCAGCAGAGUCGGUGAGGCAGGCUGCUGCUGAUGCGUUGGAAGGGGGUGGAGGAGACGAGGCUGUUGCUGCUGCUGCCAGGAGCGCUGCUGAUGCUGUGAGACAGGCUGCACAGGCAGUGAGCGGGGCAGGGAGUGGGGCAGGGAGUGGGGCAGGGAGUGGGGCAGGGAGUGGGGCAGGGAGUGGGAGCAAGGGCACGGCUCCAGAUGCUCCAGGCGCCUCUAUCCCGGAAGCUGCAGCUGCUGCAGGUGCAGCAGCAGACAUGGCAUCAGGGGAAGAAUCCGGUAGAGCAGCCAGCCUGACUCGGCCGCAGCUUGCGCAGCUGAGGGAGUGGUACGCGGUGCAGACGCUGGCCGCACUGGGCGAGUACAUGGAGGUGCUGUGUCCCGUGCUGCAUGAGAAAGGGGUUGAUGUCUGCCUUGCUCUGCUCAGACGCGCCACACCUGGGCCUGCAGGGGUCGAAGGGUCUGUUGCGGCUGCUGCUCCUGGUGUGGCCGGUACAGGUGCCGGUGGUUCUGCUGCCGCUGCUCUUGGCGCAGGGGAUUCCACAGCAGGUGGAGCGGCAGUGGCAGGAGCAGCAGCAGCAGCAGCAGCGGUGUCCAGUGGGCCGAUGAGUGUGCUGCUGCUGGCGGACGUGUUGAAGCUGGUGUGUGCGCUCACAGCGCACCGCAAGUUCGCCACGCUCUUUGUGGACCGCGGGGGCGUGCAGCUGCUGCUCUCCCUCCCCCGCGUGCCCCACACGCUGCCCGGCCUCGCUGUUGCAUUCUUUGCCCUCGCCUCCAUUCAGGUAUGCCACAGCAAGGCCAGGGGUAACAUUCCCACAUCUUUGCCCCUCCUCCCUCCCCACCUCCCUGCCCACCUUCCUGGUCUCCCCGCUUCUCCACCUCCCUACCCUCCCCGCUCUCCUCGCCUCCCUCCUCUUCUCUCGUUCUUCCCGCUUCCCUCGCUGUCGCCUUCUUUGCCCUCGCCUCCAUUCAGUGGCGUCCCUCCCCCAGCCAUUCAUCCGCUCUCUCAUCUCAGCAUCUCUCCACCUGCUGCUGUUCCCCCCUCUCCCCCUUGUUCCUUCUCCCCCCCUCUCUCUCCCUUCCCCCACCAGAGUGUCAUGGAGCGAGUGGCAUCCCUCCCCCAGCUAGUCAUCCGAUCUCUUAUCUCAUCAGCCCUCCACCUUCUCCUCUGUCCACUCGACCAUGCCCGCCGCAACACGGCGCUCUUCUUUGCCGCCUCCCUCGCCUUCCCGCGCCUGCUCCACGAGUUCGACGCCCAGGGAGGGUUCCCCGCCCUCAUUGCUCUGCUCAGAAACGCUGCUCAGUUAAGGUCGGGGGGCGGUGGGGGAGGGGCGCUGGGCGCGAGCGUGGGGACAGGGGGAGCGGGAGUGGGAAGAGGGGGAGGAGUGGGAGGGGGAGUGGGAGCAGCGGUGGAGGGAGGGGUUGAAGCGGGGGAGGUUGGGUUGGGCAGAGGGGGUAGGGGGAGGGGAGGGGUAGGAAGGUUAGAAGAGGGUGGUGGUAUCGGGGGCGGCUUGGGUUUGCCGUUUCCUCUGGGUGGGGGAAUGCACUUUGCUGCUGGGACUGCUGCUCGUGGAGGCACAGAACCAGGUUCAGAUUCUGUAGGUGGAUCAGCAGGAGGAGCAGGGGGAGCAGGAGGAGGAGGAGCAGCUGCAACAGCACUACCAAGUGUCGGCGGUAGCAGCAUCAGCGCAGGCGGCAAUGGCACUGGCAGCGGCACGAUGACAUGGGAGGUGUUGACGCCGGCAGGGAGGCAGGUGGCUCACAACACGUGCAUUGCCCUGCGGCAGUACAUGCGCGUGCACCUCGUGCUGCAUCUCGAAUCGCUGCACCAUGCUUCUGGUGCUUCUUCUUCUUCUGGUGCCACUUCUGGUCCCUCUUCUGGUGCCCCCGCAUCGGCACUCUCCUCCCGCCACCGCACCCACCGCCCGGCUGCUGCUGCUCCUCCCCCUCCCCCUACCUCUGCUCCUCCUGCCGCCGCUGCCACCGCUGCCGCUGCUGCCACCGCUGCCGCUGCUGUUGCAACUGCUUCCUCUGCUCCUCCUGCUGCCUCAGAGCCGCCUCAGAAGCCGUCGCACCACACGCGGAGUCUCACCAGAGCGGUCGAUUCCAGUGCACAGGCGGUGGAGGGGUUGAUGGAGGCGCUGAUGGUGUCGGACCGGCGCCUGGCGCACGCCUUCGUGCGCUCGCGAUGGGGCGCUGCUGAGAGACUCGUGGAGGAGGGGGCAGUAGACGUGCUGCUGGAGCUCUGCCAGUUCCUUCCAGGAGAGCGCAGCACGGGAGAGCUAGCAGAGCAUGCACUAGGAGUGCUCACGAGAGCGCAGCACGGGGGAGCUAGCAGAGCACGCCCUGGGAGUCCUCCACGUGCUCACCCUUGCGCCCACUGUGCUCUCCCCCUUCUGAACCUGCAGAUCCCCCCAGGGGAGCGCAGCACGGGGGAGCUAGCAGAGCACGCUCUAGGCGUCCUUCACGUGCUCACCCUGGCGCCCUUCACGCACCGCCACGUGCUCUCAGCGCGAGUCGCCUCCCACCGCUGCGGUGAGCGCAGCACGGGGGAGCUAGCAGAGCACGCGCUAGGAGUCCUCCACGUGCUCACCCUCGCGCCCUUCACGCACCGCCACGUGCUCUCAGCGCGCGUGGCCUCGCACCGCUGCGGCAUGCCCGUGCUGCUCGACGCUGCCAGCGGGGCUCUGCUGCCCGAUCCCGAGGUCAUGCAGAUCGCACUGCUUGUGGUGCUCACCACAAGUGCAGGCAAGGCGACAACAGCAGCAGCCACGGAAGCAACAGCGCCCACACUCAAGAGGCUGGAGCGAGCUGCCAUUGCUGCUGCCACCCCCAUCAGCUAUCCACCGAGUGAGCUCCUUCAACUGAUACACGCACAUCUGGUGUCAGAAGGCCUACACCAGUCAGCAAGCCAGCUGCUAGCAGAAUCAAGCAUCACCCCCCUCGUCGCCACCCCCGUUCCCUCCUCCUCUCCCGCCGCCCUCCAAUCCUCCUCUCAUACUCCCUCCGAAACUUCCCCCAAUCGCCACCUCCCCCACGCUCUCACUGCCCCUCCCCCUCCCCUUCCGCCAUCUGUCUCUGCUGCACCGAUUGCAACGUCAGCAGCAGCGCCAGCUGGCGGUUCCGGAUUGGCUGCGGAGGCAGCAGGGGGUCUGAGCUGGCCUAAGGGGAAAGCAGGAUGUGGAGGUGGAGGCAGCAGCAGCAGUGGGGAGAGGGAGAGCACACCUGGAAGGGAGCAGAUCACACGGCGUUUGUCUGGGAGAAAGCGAGGGUACAAGGAAGCUUCUGCCUCUGCGUCUGCAGCAGCGCUGCUCGUCUCUCCUCCUGCCAAACGAGCCUCCACGCUUCUCCCGCCUCUCCUCUCCCCUAGUCCUUCCCUGCCUCUGCAAAGUGGAUCUGCUGUAUUAGAGGAGCCUGUUCCGUGUUCAGGUGGAACUUCAGGUGGAACCUCAGGUGGAACCUCAGGUGCCGCAGAGGACAGCUUGGGCCAGGCGCUAGCGGCCCCUGCACCAGCAGCAACCGCCCCGACCCCACCCGCAGCAACCGCCCCGACCCCACCCGCAGCAACCGCCCCGACCCCACCCGCAGCAACCGCCCCGACCCCACCCGCAGCAGCACCACCUCCCCCAGUUCUACCUCCCCCUGGCGAGCUCAGCACAACCCUGGACGGAAUCGUCACAUCGUAUCUGAAGCAGCAGCACAGGCAGUGCCCCGCGCCCAUCACCACCCUCCCGCCCCUCUCCCUCCUCCACCCCCACACCUGCCCCGAGCCUCUCCGCUCCCUCGACGCUCCCUACAGUAUCACCCGCCGUCUCGCCGCCCGGCAGCGCCGCCCGCCCGCAGGCGGGUGGCAGGGGCGGCGGCUGGAUCGGCAGCUAGUGUACAGCCGGUUCCGCCCCUGGCGAACCUGCCGGGAAGAUGCGGUUAUGAUCACCAGUGCUUGCUUCCUGCUGGGGGCGGGAGGGGCGGGUGGGGGCGGCGGUGUGUGGGGGUUCGGCGGGGGGGGCGCCGGGGGCGUUGGGGGAUUCGGCGGGGGCAGGCGAUGCUUAGCAGUGGGGACGACUGCAGGGGAGAUAAAGCUGUUUGACGCGGAGGGGGGCGUGGUUGUGGAUAGCUACUCCUGCCACCAGUCGUCGAUCGUUUCAGUGUUUUCGGCACCGAGACCGGGGUAUGAUGAUGAUGACAGGGGGUUUGUGGGACGGGGGCGGGGGAGACAGCAGCAGGAGGACUUACAAGACGGGGUAUCAGCAGCAGGAGGGGUAAGGGUAGGAGGAGGAGCAGCAGCAGGAGGAGCAGGAGCAGGAGGUGCAGGGGGGUCAAGCUCAUCAGCAGCAUCAGCAGCGUACGGAGCAGCAUCCUGCCUCCUCCUCUCCUCUACCCGAACAGAAGUGAAGCUCUGGGAUGCAGCAGACCUCUCGCUAGGUGCCAUCCACACCUUCCCCUCCUGCCGCCUCGGCCGCUUCAGCCACUCUGCUCGCACCAUCGGUGCAGUGCGGUGCGACGGGCAGUCGAGGGAGUCGAGAGAGGUGCUGCUGUACGACGUGGCGACGGGCAGACUGCAAGAGACGCUCAGAGAAGCGCCCAUUGCUGCUGCUGCUGCUGACUCAUACGUCAGUGCUGCUGGUGGGGCUGCUAACGCUGCUGGUGUGGUUGGUUGGGGGGGUGUGGGUGGUGGGGUUGCUGGUGGGGGUCUGGGAGGCGGGCGCGGUGGGAAUGGUGGCUUCGGUGGUCUAUUUGGUGGUUACGGCGGUUACAGUGGGUUCGGAGGGUUCGGAAUCGGCCUUGCUGGCGCUGCCGGUGCCACUGCUGCAGCUGCUACCGCUGCUGGUAUUGGCGGUGCUGGCAUGGCAAUGAUGGGUGGAGGAGGAGGAGGCGGAGGGGGAGCGGGGGUGAGUCGCACGUUGGGGUCCCAGGCGGUGCAUUUCUCCCCGUUGGACGAUCUGCUGCUGUGGAAGGGGUUCCUGUGGGACCCGCGGAUCAGCGAACCUGUUCACCGCUUUGACCAGUUCUCGGACUAUGGAGGGGGGGGCUUCCACCCUUCAGGCAACGAGGUGAUUAUCAACUCCGAGGUGUGGGACCUUCGAACGAGGAAGCUUCUGCGCAGCGUCCCGUCCCUCGACCAGACCUCGAUAACAUUCAACGCGACAGGCGAAGUCAUCUACGCCACCCUCCGCCGCACCACCGACGACCUCCUAGCAGCCCUGCACGGCCGGCGGCGCAAGCACCCUCUCUUCUCCGCGUUCAAAACCAUCGACGCGACCUCGUACACUGACAUCGCAACCGUUAAUGUCGAGCGCUGCGUGCUCGAUCUCGCCGUUGAACCGACCGAUGGGUAUGUGGCUGCAGUGGUGGUAGACGAGCAUGGGGAAUCUGAUUCUGUUGCGAGACUGUUCGAGGUUGGGCGGCAAAGGGUGGUGGAGGAGUUGGGGGAUUAUGAUGGGGAGGAUGAGGGGGAGAUGGAGGAUGAGGGAGAUGAAGGGGAGGAGGAGGAGGAUGAGGAUCAGGAGGAGUUGGAUAGUAUAGAGGAGGAGCUUUUUGGAGGGUUUUCCGAGGAUGUGGAUGAGGAGGAGGAUGAGGAUGGGUUUGGGCAGCCGAGGGUGAGGGCUGUAAGGGGUGGUGGGCGUGGGGGGUUGAUGAAUGGGGAGGUGGAGGAGGGUGAGUAUUUGGGGAGUGAUUCGGAGGAUGAUGAGGAGGCGGCGCAGGAGCUUAUGGAUUUGAUAAUGGAGGGACCGUCGGAUGAGGAUCCGGAUAGUUUUAGUGAUGAGGAUGAUGAUGAUGAUGAUGACGAUGAUACAGACGAGGGAGAUGAUGAGGAUUUAGAUUAUGAGGAUGAAGACUGGGAUUCGGAGGAUUCGGCCCCAGACGAAUAG